UGGCCUGAGGGAGUGGGGGGGCAGCGGGAAGCGGAGCGGCGGGGGAGGGCCUCGGGCGCCCGGGACGGAGCGGCAGGAUGCCGGGGCUGGUACUGUUCGGCAGGCGCUGGGCCAUCGGCAGCGACGACUUCGUCCUCCCGGGGGCUUUUGAACUGUUCAUCAGGCUGCUGUGGUGGAUUGGAAUUCUUGCGCUUUACACAGUUCAUAAGGGGCGGUUUAACUGUCCUGGGGGAGGUCUACUGCACAGCUACUUGCUUGUCCUCCUCAUUCUCCUGGCUUCUAUAAUAUGUGCGUUAUCUGCUCUUGUAUACAUCAGUAUGCAAGGAACAAUUUCUAAUCCAGGCCCAAGAAAAUCACUUCCCAAGCUACUUUAUACUCGCCUACUACUCUAUUUGCCUGAAUUCAUCUGGGCUGUCAUAGGAGCCAUAUGGGUGUCAGACAGCAGUGUGCACUGCGAGAAGACUGUGAUAAAUGUCGUCAUGGGGACAGUUAUUGCAAGCUGGAUUAUCAUCAUCUUCACCAUCAUUGGAGUUGUAAUCGUCUUUGAUCCACUCGGGGGAAAAAAGACAUUUUACCUCACCGAUAGCAUAAAUCGGAACCUGGAAAGCAGUCAGUCAGGGCAGUUGCUAUAUAAUGUGAAGAACACUGCCACCAGAGUCUGGGAGAAAAGAAUCAGGUUACUGUGUUGUUGUAUUGUGCAAGAUGAUGACCAUCGAGUGGCUUUUACAAGUAUCGCAGAGCUUUUCCGCACCUACUUUUCAGACACUGAUCUGGUGCCAAGUGACAUAGCAGCUGGUUUGAUUCUGCUUCAUCAAGAGCAAGAUAAAAUGGAAAGCUGCCCAAAAGAGCCUGAAGAAGUCCUGUGUCAUUCUCCGUCAUCUCUUGUGACAGAUGAUUUGGAUAUCGAACUGGGGAAUGCUGCUCACUACAUGCUGUUUGCCGCAGCUGCUUAUGGCUGGCCCUACUACAUAUACACCAACCCAUGUACUGCGCUUUGUAAGCUCAAUGGUGACUGUUGCGGAAAUAGACCAACAGAUUCUGAUAUAACUGGCAGUGAUCGUCAUAACUUUCACUUUGGAUCCAUACUAAAAAUAACAGGACUGCAGUACAGAGACUUCAUUCAUAUCAGUUUUCAUAACAAGAUCUAUGAGAUUCCAUUUUUUGUUGCUUUGGAUCACAAAAAAGAAGCUAUUGUGGUUGCAGUGAGAGGAACCUUGUCUUUUGAGGACAUUCUCACUGAUCUGUCAGCGGAUUGUGAAGACUUGACCCUGGAGGAUGUUCUAGAGAAUGGCUUUGUGCAUAAGGGAAUUACUCAAGCUGCAAAUUACAUCUAUCGAAAGCUGAUAAAUGAUGGAAUUUUAAACCAGGCUUUCACAAUUGCUCCAGAAUAUAAACUUGUGAUAGUUGGUCACAGUCUGGGUGGUGGAACAGCUUCUAUAUUGGCGAUUAUGCUCAGGAACUCUUUUCCAACAUUAAGAUGUUAUGCCUUUUCUCCUCCAGGAGGACUUUUAAGCAAAUCACUUGCAGAAUACACUAAGCACUUCAUUGUUUCAGUCAUUGUUGGAAAGGACCUUGUUGCAAGGUUAAGCAUGCCCAACAUGGAGGAUUUAAAGAGGAGAAUAGUGAGAAUUGUGGCAAACUGCAGCAGACCCAAGUACCAGAUUUUGCUGCGUGGGUGUUGGUACGAAGUAUUUGGAGGAGAUCCAGAUAACUUCCCAACAGAGCUGGAUGGCAGAAACCAAGAUGCCCUCACCCAGCCACUUCUGGCUGAGGAGAGUUUAAUGGUUCAUCGGUCACCUUCAUACAAUGCCCUUGAGGAUGAGUCACACUUAAAUUCACCACCUCAGUAUCCUCGUCUGUAUCUUCCUGGAAAGAUUAUCCAUAUUGUAGAAGAAUCCAGCUCUAGGAGGUUGUGCUCUUCAGAUAUCAAAUACACAGCAAGGUGGUCAAGCGAAACAGUCUUCAGCAGCAUUUUAAUAAGUCCCAAGAUGAUAACGGACCACAUGCCAGAUGUUGUGCUCAAAUCUCUGAACAGUUUGUCUCAGGAACAUGGGUCUUGCCUUCCUUGUCAAACACGAGAAUGUAACACCAAUGUAGUAUAACCGUAGCUCACAGAAGAGGUGUGCGGGGCGGGGGGGGUGGUGUGUUUUUUUUUUUUUUUAAUUGCAGGUUUCAAGUGGGCAGGACACAUUCCACUUUCAUACCAAAGUGGAUUUCAGUUCUUUUCUCACAUUGGAUAAAAUAAACAAGGGUCCUAAUGCCCUUGCCUCUAUGGCAACCUCAAGUGACAUUUUGCUGGUUAAAGCAGAGAGUCUGCAUUUAUUCUGAAGGGUGAGCUUUUACAAAACAGACCAGCCUAGCUAAGCCUGUGCACACUGGCGCCUGGGAGCCAAGAGCUGAGGCAUCACCUGCAUCCUUGACCAAAGUGCGCACGUGCGUGAGGAUGGCUUGGCCUGCACUGUGGAGCAGAGCCCUGUCAGACAGGGAAACAAGUCAAAAUCCUGCUCUGGUUCAGCAUCGGGUCAUGGCAUUGUCUUGGCGCCCUGUGACUGGCCUUUGCAAGGAGCGCUGCGAGCAGUGCUGCGGCCGAGGGCUGCCCCGCCGCCGGAGGUGGGCACGUGAGCAAAGGUGCCAGCAAGCCGCACCGAUUGAUUGCACUAUUUUUCUUACAGACUGUGGUAGUGACUGGGCGGGUGGGGUGGGGGUGGUGAAUGCUGCUUGGAUGUACACGUGCAAUAUUCUUUAAUCUACCUGUCUUUUAUAUUUGUUGAUCCACAUGACUACUUUUAUUGAUUUUAAACUAAAACUACUUAGUUAGGAAAAAAAGGCAAAAAACCAAACCCACGAACCAGCAAAAAAAGCUAUUUGUGCCCUGGCAGCAGUGUAGUCACACACUCUGUCUACUGUGAGCUGCCAGAAAUGUAUAACCAGUUUUACUGAUUUUAAAAAAAAGUGGCGUCCUUGGUUCUAGUGUGCACCUAUUUUAACUUUUGAUGGUUUUUUUGGGUUUUGUUUGUUGUUUUUUUUUUAAGGCUCAGCAGCCUUUAUUAAAAAAAAAACAAACCUAAAAGUAAGUAAUAUGUGGUUGAGAAUAACUGUGUGGGUGUUUUGCCUGUGAUAAUAUGGCGACAAAAUAAAAUGCACUCUAAAAACA